AUGAACGUCGGUACACAAACAGAGGGAAUGGUCACGAAGUGCUUUUCACAGCAGACGGGAGAUGACAUAGGAGAAUGGGAUAUAGGAGAGGAACAGACCCUCGUUCAAGAAAUAAAUGUCUCAGAACUGAAAGCGAUGAUAACUGGAGACGGGGAAGUAAUGAACAUAUCGGUAAACCAAUCGGCUGUGACCAAGAAAAGGACACAGAAUGCUCAAGUACAAACCGGCAAAUGGGGAAAAGACAAGGCGAUACAGACGGAUUGGGUACUCCGAAAAAUUGAUAUCGAGGAUUCCUGGAAAUCGGACCGUGAGGCUCUUCUCCAUUUCCUCGGACGCCACAAAUUUUAUGCGAGUCUCAAAGAAGAAUUCAAGGUACCAGAUCUAAUUACUCCUAUAGAAAAUCUCGACCCGGAAGAAAUGGCCGAAGAAUCAAAGAAAUGGAGGGUAGGAGAAUUCAAAUGGAAUUUCGAAUGGGGAAACGAAGAACAAAACAAGGGGAAAACACAAAAUCAAAAUAAUGAUGAGACUAAAGGAAGGAGGGACAAAAAGGAAAAAAAAGAUAAAUCAGAGAAAACCCUGGAAAUAAACUUUGAAAAAAAAAAAGAAGCAGAAAAAGGAGGACUCGGAACCAAAGUAAACCUCAAUGCACAACGAAAGGAAGGAGAGGAUAAGGAAAAUACAAAGGAUGGAAACAACAACGAAAGCAAAAGAAAAAACGAGGACACACAGAAAACGGAAAAAGCAAGGAAAAGGAGGAUAGAGGUUAAACAAACGAAUCUCGACACGUUGAAAGGGACGAACUGGCUGGAUGAUGAAAUAGUCAACUCAUACUUCGAAUUAAUUAGCAAUGAAGAGUCAUAUGUUAUGAAUUCCUUUUUCUUUCCGCGUUUGCACUUGAAUGGCCAUAUAGCGGUAAAGAGGUGGACGAAAAAAGUGAAUAUUUUCGCAUAUGAGAGAGUGUUGAUUCCAGUACACUUGGGAAACCAUUGGUGCCUCGCAAUUAUAAACAUAAAAUCAAAAUCAAUAAUCUAUUAUGACAGCUUUAAUGGAAGAAAUCAAAGGUAUCUUGAGACAUUACUCGCGUAUCUGGACGCCGAAGCAAAGGAAAAAGAGGAAAUAUCCUUUGACAAAAGCGAAUGGAUAGUCGCAAUGAAGAAGGAUAUUCCCCGUCAGCAGAAUGGGUACGACUGCGGGGUAUUUAUUUGCCAGUAUGCCAAGUACGAGGUCGCAAAAAGAGAAAUGAAUUUCUCGCAAAAGGAUAUUCCCCAAAUUCGAAUAAAAAUGAUGGAGGAACUUCAACAAGGAACUCUUCAAAACUAA